GAUUCGACGAUUGCCAUGGCACAGCGCGACGAGGCGACCGACGAGGCCAUGGGCGACUGCGAGAUGGCGGGAGCGAUGGCCGACGAGGCUAUGGCGUAUGCGUGGUUCGAGCACACGAGCGCGAUGGCGCCGACGCCCAUGUACAGCAUCACUGCGCCGUUCCGCUCCCAGUUCACGCGGGGCGUCAAGGUCUCGCCGGACGGGCUCUGCCUCCUGAGCAACGCCGACGACAACGUACUUCGGCUCUUUGACGUCAACCCCGAGAUGCCGGACGCCGCCUUGGAGAUGCCGGAAGGCGGCACGGUCUACGACUUUCAGUGGUACCCGUUCAUGGCCUCGUCGGACCCGGCGACGUGCGUGUUUGCGACCACGUCGCACGCCCACCCCGUGCAUCUCUGGGACGCGUACACGGGCGAGCUGCGCGCAACCUACCGCGCGUACGACCACUUGGACGAGCUCACGAGUGCAUACUCGGUGGCGUUCAAUGCCACUGGCGACAAGCUCUUCUGCGGCUUUGAGCGCACGAUCCGGUUCUUCGACACGACGCAGCCGAGUCGCGACUUUACGACGCGCGCGCUGAGCAAGACACGCAAGUCGCGUCAUGGCCAGCGGGGCAUCAUCUCGUCCAUUCACUUCAACCCCGACCACUCCAAGAUGUACGCGGCCGGGUCGUACAGCGGACAGACGUGCAUUUACGCCGAAGACUCUGGCGAAGAAUUCCUCGCGCUCGAGGGCCAUGACGGCCACGGCGUCACGCAGGUCCAGUUCUCGCCCGACGGCAACUUGUUGCUCACCGGCGCGCGCAAGCACGGGCUCAUCCAAGUGUGGGACAUUCGCAACACGAUGCAAGUGCUCUACUCGCUGCCUCGGCAUGCGCCGACGAACCAAAAGAUCGCCUUUGACGUGCAUUGCGGCGGCCGCUACGUGGCCACGGGCAGCGAGGAUGCCCAAGUGCUCCUGUACGACCUUACGACGGGCGCUGCUGUCAACACAAUUGCAGGCUUUGCUGGUACACUAUGCAGUCGGUAG